CGAGAUGUCGUUUGCAUGGCGAGUCAUGGGCGCGACAUACAAGGUCUCGAAGAGCCCUUGUCAGAAGGGUACCUGCCAAUUUGAUCUCGGGUUUCUAAGUGUCCGUAUGCACCUUAAGACUGCGGGAACCCCUGUGCCUUAUUGAGCCAUCCGAUCUAAAGUCGAUUGUGUCUGCGCAACAUAUGCGCAUGUUCAAUCUGGAUUGAGCAUCAUGGCCAACGCCCAAGAUGCGGUUAGUAAAGAGACUCGAGCUCCUAUCACUCUCGCCAUUGUCGCCGUCUUUACAGUUCUUUCAAGCGUCUGCGUAGCCCUUCGAUUCUACACUAGGAGGGUAAUACUACGAUUUGUCGGGCCCGAUGAUUACAUGAUCUUGGUAGCACACACUCUGAGCCUUGCGCAGUCCGGUGUCAAUUUCGCAAUCGUGAUAGCUGGUGGCGCAGGGCAACAUAUUGAGCAUGUGCAAGACAAAUUGCCAACCUUCAACCGGUUGAUGGUGGCUGUGAUGGCACUCUACAACGCAGCGCAGAUUGCGACCAAAAUCUCGCUUCUCAUCCAGUACUGCACCAUUUUCCCAGGCAGAUCAAUGCGACUCAUCUCGCAAUGGGGAAUUGGGCUGCUUCUUUUAUGGGGGAUAGCGCAGCAGGCAUUGACACCGUGCAUCUGCUCGUAUGAGUCGGUUACCACUCUGACGCCAGAAAACUGCGUCCCCGACGACAUACCGGUUGCACUCAAUGCCGUUAUCAAUAUGGUGACGGAUUUCCUUAUCCUUAUCAUCCCUAUCAAGCCUGUGCUUGGGUUGCAAAUCAACUGGGUGCGCAAGACGUACCUGCUAGUUGUUAUGUGUAUGGGCUUGGGUGUAUGCAUUAUCUCCGCCGUACGGCUCGACAUGUUGGUUGGAAGUAAGCACAACUGGAGAGACAUAACGUGGAAAAUAGCAACCAUCGCAUACUUUUCAACAAUAGAAACAAGCCUGGGGAUAAUGUGUGCCUGUAUCCCGGCGCUUCGGCCACUGAUGAAGAGAGUGGUGCCUAAUAUGAUGGGAUCAAGCGCAAAGGACACGACGAACGGUGCGAUGCAAUACGGAAGCAGAGGCACGAGGCUGGCCGAGGCAAGCGGUGCCAAAACAAAAGCUACCUUGGCAAAUGGCAUUUACGUACAAAAAGACGUCCAAUUUCAUAGCACAACAGAGCUCAGGGAUGUUUCGGCUAAAGGACCGUACCCGGCCUCUGACCGAUCGUCCGACGAUGAGAUAAGCUUGGAACGGGCCUUCCCGCCGACAAUGGCGAAACCAUAGCACGACUCGCUUCGGUUGUUUUGCGUUUGCAAGUCAUGAGUAGUGUAGAUUCUCCUCGUUGCUGUGAGGAUAAAUGUUAAUUAGUUCAGCAUGUCUCGA